AUCCGAUCGUUUCCUUCGCACCCUUGCCGGGAGCCUAGGCGUCCUGGCCGAAUAGGCUCCCUUGGCACGGCCAUCUUAGCGCCUACUAGGUACUACAUCUUAUUUAUUGGCCGUCGUGACAGCGAGGACGACGCCAAAACCCGCAGAGCCUAGGACUACGUAGUUGAUGUACGGAUGUAUAUGUAUGCGUAUGCUCCGCCUGCUGACGGGAAUCCUGUUUCCCGUGGUUGUUUCGAUAAAAGGUCUCAUUCGCACGACGACUUUGCGCCUACUUUCCUGCCCGAGAAGUCGAGAUUCUUAUUGUAUCGCGUGGUUGUCACCGCCACGUCUUGGACGAGCUGGGGUUGGUUCGGUUUCCGCGCGUUCUCUCUCUAUCCAUCGAUCUCUUUGUCUCCUUGUCUCUCUUUCUCUCUUCCUCGCCCAGUUCCGCCUAUCACCACGCCGAAGCCCCCGGUUCACGCGGUCUAUCCCGGAUGCUGGAGGAAAAUCGACGCGAGAGAGACGAAGGUGCUUAUUGGAAGACGACGCCGUCUCGGAAUAAUUGAAGUGUGCAUAUACUACGUAGCAGAGAAAACCGACCCAUCGACCGCAUCGACCCCGCGUCCCGCUCAUAUCGAGUGUUUCCUUAACCCUACUCAGUUCUUCCUAGAUUUAUUACGCACAGAACGCCGUAACAUUUACCAGAAAAACGCUGUCCUAACACUCGCUCGGAAACAGACGUCUUGCUCAAUACGGGCUUUUCGGUCAAUGAGAGUCGCACUGGGCUUGAGGCGUAGCCACGAUAGGAUCUGGUGCCGGACGGCCCCUGCAACUUGGUACUGCAACGCAUUCUAGCCGAGCAAGCAAACCGGCGGACGGUCCUGCAAUAAAUGGAUGCUACUUCGCCGUCGCACUCGAGGCGGAUGUCCCUAGCGGCCACCGCCUAUACCCAUAUCUUCAGGCCGCGACCCGCGGCUAAGAAGAUUCAGAAGAGAAGCUCGUUACCGGCUAACGAAGACGACGCGGGGGACACGGCCAGCGCGCCAGAUGAUUCCCGACCUGUCGCCAACGACAAAACGCACUCGGAUCGCCAGAGUCAAGCUACCCAGAUGGGAGAAAGCAAACCCUCCAAAUUUGGAUCCCGG